CACUCCCAGCAGCCUUUGCAGUUGCUCUCGUCUAUCCGAUUGGUGGAAUUUGAAAAUUAGUACGCGCGACAGUUUGGGAGAUGGGACCACACAAAUAAAUCACAGCAACGAAGUUAAAAGCAAUAUAAUACACACUUUAUCCUUUGACAGCCAUAGUAAUAUGAUGGAGUCAGGGCUAAAGGAUGAUACAGCCAGACCAGAGAUGAUAGUUGUGGAAGAUUUAAGAAGAAAUCUGUCAUCGGAAUUCAGCGAGUGUUCAGAUUGCCAGGACCCCUCUGACCUGGAGAAGGAACACUUGAAGGUGUAUCUUAGGAUAAGACCAUUUUCAGCAGCUGAGAUUGAGAAUGGAGAAUCACAGGACUGUGUGGCUAUUCAUCCUCCAGCGACGGUGCUCCUCAAAGCUCCACAAUCAUCUCUUUCUGUCAGGCUCAGCGAUAAGUCAAUGCCAGUUACAGCUCAACGUUUCCAGUUCUCUCAGGUUUAUGGUCCAGACACUACACAGAAGGAGAUGUUUGAUGGCACAGUGAAGGGUCUUGUGAAGGAUGUGCUAGAGGGACAGAAUUCUCUGGUCUUUACAUACGGUGUCACCAAUUCUGGGAAGACCUUCACUUUUUUAGGUCCAGAUACUGAUCCAGGCAUCUUACCUCGUUCCCUUAAUAUGAUCUUCAGUAGUCUGGAAGGUCGCAUCUUCAACCAGAUGUGCUUAAAACCCCAGAGGUGCCGGGAUUUCAUAAGGCUCACCAAAGAGCAGCAAAAUGAGGAGGCAGCUGGCAAAAGCAACCUGCUCAAGCUUUUUAAAGAGACUGAUGCACAGAAGAGUACGUCUUGCCAUAGCUCGAAGUCUGAUCUUGAAGAUGGUUCCACUUUAUGUGAUAUAAGCUCUUCAGUGAAUGAAAGGAGUUUGGCUGUGGAUACGGACUUACACACAAUGUUUUCAAUUUGGGUCUCAUUCUGCGAGAUCUACAAUGAGAACAUCCAUGACUUGCUAGAACAGCAUUCAAACUAUGCUUCACGGAGAACCAACCUCCGUCUUUGUCAGGAUGUCAAAGGGAACUCAUUCAUCAAAGAUCUGAGAUGGGUGCAGGUGAGCAAUGUUGAUGAAGCCUUGAAAGUGAUGAAACUGGGCAAAAAGAACCAGAGCAUCUCUAGCACCAAACUCAACAUUCUCUCCAGCAGGAGCCACAGUAUUUUCUCUGUCCGGAUCCUGAAGGUUGAAGAUGUGGGAAUACCCAGAGUCGAGUCAGUCAGCGAGCUGGCACUGUGUGAUCUGGCCGGGUCGGAGCGAUGUGCUAAAACACAAAAUAAAGGUGAACGCCUGAAAGAGGCCGGAAACAUCAACACCUCUCUACUCAGCCUGGGAAAAUGCAUCAAUGCACUCAGAAAUAACCAGCAGGCAAGACAGCACGUUCCAUUCAGAGAGAGUAAACUCACUCACUAUCUGCAGGGAUACUUUACCGGCCGGGGGAAAGCCUGUAUGAUUGUAAACAUUAACCAGUGUGCCUCCAUGCAUGAUGAGACAGUCAAUGUCCUCAAGUUCUCUGCCAUAGCUCAAAAGGUAGUGGUCCUCACCACUAAGAGUGUUCCAGUGGUUGUGAAAAGGAGUGCCAGAGAGGUAUCCUUCAUCAUCAACAACGCUGAUCGCCAGCAAAUGCGGCGCAGCUCACUGGUACGGUGGGACCCCAGCCUCGAGGAUGUCCAGGAAGAUUCUGACACUGAGGAGGAUGAAGAGGAAAGUGAAAUGGAGGACACCAUUUUGGAUGCUGAAGAAGAGGGGAAAGAAACUGUGCUGCUUGAUAAGGAGGUUUAUGAGGCCCAACUGCAGUUUAUAGAGGAUAUUCAGCAGCAGUUAAGCAAGAAGAAAGCUGAACACUUAGCUCUCGAGGCACGUGUUCGAGAUGAAGUUACUAAAGAAUUCUCUGAGCUGAUUACCCAGAUGCAGGAAGAUUACAGUGAGCGCAUAUCCAGAGAGAGGGAACUGAUUGAGGAACGGUGUGAACGGAGACUGGAGAUUCUUAAAAACCUGGUGGGGAAAACAGCUGUGAAGGACGACACCAUGGAUUCAGCUGCGACCAAAUUAGAGGAAGAGAACCAUGUCUCUCUAGACAGCAUGCUUGACUCUAUGACCAGUGACCUGGCUGGAAUCAGACAGGAUGCCCAGGCUGCCCAAUCCUGCUUGGUGACCUCCAACUCUAGAGUCUCUGUGACACUGCUUGACCUUGAAAAAAAGGUCACGGCACUUUCAGAACUGCUCAGUGAAACUCAGAAUCAGCUGUCACUCAAAACACAGGAGCUGGAAACCCAGAGCAGACUGUCAGAUGAACUGGAGGAGUUAAAGAAGGCUCUGGAGAGCCACAGGCAAAGGGAAUGGGAUCUAAGUGAAAUUUGCAGACAAAAGGAUGAGAUGGUUACCAAACUCCAGACAGCUCUUGACCAACAUGUAGAAAACACUGCUCAGGAUAAAACUCAAAUUGACUCCAUCAAAAAGCAGAUCGUCCAGCUUAAAUACAAUUGUACCUGCUCAGAGCAGCGGCCCGACACACAGAUUGAAACCAGAAAGAGGCGUCAGGAAUGGGAGGGGCUUGAUGAACAGCCCCCACUCAAGAAAGGUCCCCUGGAGGACUCAAAAGUACAAGACGAUGUUUCAAAUAAUGGGUGUCAAGACUCCGCCCUUCUUGAGGUCAAAGGUCAGCUGAAGUGUUGCCUUGUUGAAUCCAAACAAAAAGACAAGCAGAUCACAGAUAUGGAACGGGAAUGCCACACAUUAGAUGUUUGCAUCCAGGAUCUGAAAUCUAAACUGGAAGAAAGAGUUUCACAGGAGCAUAUUCUGCAAGGAAAGGUUUAUCAGACAUCCUUGGAAACCAAACCAAUGGCAACAGCAGUGGAUUGCAGCAGUUUGAAAUUAGAAGGUGUGUCCAGUUAUAGCAACACUACAGAACAUUUAAAAGGUGCAUAUCAAGAACUGGCUGCUGUGAAAUCACAAAUGGCUAAGCAAGAUCCCGGACUGGGAGAAAGGAGCAAACACAUCUUGACUCUUGAACAGGAAAUUUCAUUACUGAAACAGGAAGCACAAACCUCCAGAAACACAUUAGCUGACUAUGAUGACCUAAGAAAAGUCAACUCUGUCCUGCAGGUUGAGGUCACAACCCUUCAUGGGGUCAAAGCUGAACUAGAGGAGAAAGUCAGAUGCCUUCAGAAAGAGAAAGAAGUCAAAAAUACAGCACAUCUGUCCAGAGAGAAGGGGUUUAAAGAUGGGGAGGUGGGGCCGAUGAACCCUAACACUCAUGGAUCUAAAAACAAGGAGACCCAUAGCAAAAUAAACAUCACAGUGUCUGAAAAGGAGGCUGAACUGGCACAGAGGGAGAAAGCCUUAGCAUCAAAGGAGGCUCAGCUCUUAGUGCUGCAGAAGAGGCUGGAGGAGGAGGAGGAGACGCAAGCGGUGCAGGAGGCACACAGGAGGGAGGUGGAGAGGAGGAGAGAGCUGCUGGCUGUGGCAGAGGAGGCCAUUGCUCAGAAAGAUGCAGAGCUACAGAGGUCAAAACACAUUCUCAGGUUAAAGGAGGAGAUUAAAACUAGCGAGUGUAAAUUGAACAGUAUGGCUGUCGAUCUGCGCAGAAGGGAAGAUGAUUCAUCUGAUCUUCGGGAAAAACUAUGUGACUCAAAGAAACAGAUUCAGCAGGUCCAGAAAGAGAUCUCCUCCAUGCGGGAUGCUGAGAAAUCUCUACAAAUGAAGCUCAGUGACCUAGAAAAGACUAAAGCACAUCUCCAGAAUAAGAUCACCAACAGGGACCUCACCAUCAACCAGCUAAAAGCUAAACGAUCUUCUGAAUCUAAGUCAGAUGAGAAUCUGCUGCUCUAUCAGAAAGCAUGUAAAGAUUUGCAGGAGCGUGAGCUUGUUAUUGAAGACAUGCGUUUGGCUCUGACAGAACAGGAGGAAACCCAGACAGAGCUGGACCUGGAGCUGGACAACAGAGAGACUCAGAUAAAUAAGCUCACUCAGGACCUUAUGAGGUUGAGAGAAAUGCUACCUAAACAGAAGAACAGGAGAGAUUCCAGAUCAUUCUCUGAUGAUGUUUUACAGGCCAGACAACAGACUGCUCAGACCCAGGAGAGCUUAAAGCUGGCUAGUGAGAAGCACCAAGCAGAGCGCAAGAAGUGGAUGGAGGAGAAGUUGGUUCUGAUUGGUCAGGCUAAAAAGGCUGAGGAGAGAAGGAAUCAGGACAUGAGGCGAUUCGCUGAUGAUCGAGAACGGCAUGCUCGCCAACAGGCUGAAAAGGAGUCUCUUGCCACACGUCUUGCUGCUUGUGAGGAAGAGAUGGAAAUCUGGAGAAAAGAUAGAGACACACUCGUCUCUAACCUUGAGGUUCAGCUGAAGAAGUUCAUAAUGUCCAAUGCAGAGAAAGACCAACAGAUCAAGAUCCUACAGUCCAGAAGCACCCCCCAAACACCAGAGUCUCAGGAGGUCACUGAGGACAGCAGGACUGAGGCACUGCAGGCAGAGCUGGUUGCAAAGGAAGCAGAGAUCCAGAAACUAAAGGAACAGCUCUGUGUCAGUGUCAUAGACAGCAGCCUUCACAGAAACACAUCUACCCAGACGAUGGAAGCAGAAUUAUCUGAUAUGAACACCAGUACACUUAAACACACAAGCAGAACCAGAGGAUCUGUCACCAGUCAGAGUUCGUCUUGUAGCUGUCCGCUGGUGCUCGAAUCAUCAGAGAUCUGCACGGAAACAGGCAAACGUUCCAGGUUUCCCAAGCCCGAGUUGGAAAUUUCCUUCAGCCCUCUGCAGCCAGAUCGUUUCGCUCUUAAGCGUCAAGGAGAAGACUCUGCCAUUACUGUUAAAAUCUCCCGACCCAUGCGCAAGAGGAAGAGCGGAGAGAAGAGGAAAGGAGGCAGAAGCAGUGUGGUGAAAAAGAAAACGUUCUCUGAACCCAGUCCUCAGCCCUCUAAUGCUCAUGAGUCAAACCAAAAAGGGAGAAAAGACAAAACGAAGCAGAAGAUUGGAGACUUUCUUCAGGGCUCUCCUACCUUUCUUGGAAGCAAAGCAAAGAGGAUCAUGGGAUUGAUGAGCGCAAAGUCCCCUGAUGGUGGAGCGACGUCUUUAAAACUCAAAUCCAAAUGUGACAGACGAAAACACGACAGACCAGAUAUCUCCUCCCCAAUAGACAUACAAGCCCAUCAGAUCAUUGGCCAGAAUCCAGAAGAGAAAGACAGUGAAAACCUUAUCAAGAAACGUCUUCGUACUAGGACCAUGAAAUAAGCUGGAAGAAUUAAUCUUUGUAUUUUAAAUCAAACCAGUUUUUAAAAUCUCUUUUUAUUUUUUUUUUUAUUUGAUGCACUUUGAAAUAUCUAUAAAUUGCCUUUUUACUUUUUAUCAAAUAUGACACAUAAUAUAAUAUCCUGGAAAUUAAAUAACACUACCGCUGCUUUUAAUGGCAAGUUGAGACGAUUGAUAGUUUCUUAAGCUCAUGUUUGGAAGAAUUAACAAAUUUUAGCUGCUUGAGUUAGAAUGGAAGUUCAGAAAUCACUACUGCAUAUUUUUGACACAAGGUUUCCUAUUGCUUUAUACUUUAACCACGGUUAUUUGUUUACAUUGUGCUUAUGCUGUCCUGCAUAUAAAUUCAAAACUGUUGUUUCCCCUAACCACUUUCUACUUUUCAAGAUAUAAAAGUGCACACACAUAAAAUAUAGCACAAAUUAAAAGUUCAA